GUGUGGUCGCCAUAAGUGGUUUUACCAUAGGACCCGAAGCAGAUUUUGGAAAUACUUGGUACAACGACCAUCAUUUUCAUUAUGGCUACCUGAUCCUUGCCGCUUCAAUCCUCAGUCACCUUGACGAAUCUUGGGGCAUUACAAACGAUCCCUGGAUCACGGCUCUCGUCCGUGACGUAGCAAAUCCCUCCGAUGUCGAUCCUCACUUCCCUGUGUUUCGCGCAUUCGAUUGGUAUGUUGGUCACUCUUGGGCUAAAGGAAUAUUCCCGUCGGCUGACGGAAAGGACGAAGAGUCCACCAGUGAAGAUGUGAAUUUUUAUUACUCCAUGAAACUCUAUGGCUUGACAUCGAAACGGAAGAAAGUAACCAAGUUGGCAAACAUGAUGCUGGCAAUACUACGACGGUCGAUAAGAAAUUAUUUUUUGCUGGAAGACGGUAACCAGAAUCACCCAUCUCAAUUUUCGGGAAACAAGGUAACCGGAAUACUGUUUGAGAAUAAAGUGGACUACGCUACCUACUUUAGUCCAAAAAUUGAGUGUAUACAUGGUAUUCAGAUGUUACCUGCGACUCCAAUAACCCCGUACACGCGCUCAAGAAAUUUUAUAACCCAGGAAUGGAAACAAAAGCUUGUUGCAAUAGUCAACUCCGCGUCUGAUUCGUGGAAGAGCAUUCU